AUGAAUAUUACUUUGCAUAGUCCCCUGGCUUCCAACUGGAAAGUGGAGUCCGUAAUAAUUGCACUAGUUUUCUCAGCCAUUUUCCUGGUCGGCACCGUAGGAAAUUGUCUGGUACUUGCCGUUCUUCUUCGGAACGGACAGAUGAACACCAAGACAACGAACAUGUUUAUCCUUAAUCUUGGAGUGGCAGACCUCUGCUUCAUUGUAUUCUGUGUUCCGCUUCAGGCGACCAUCUAUACAAUGGAUGAGUGGGUCUUCGGUCCAUUCGUAUGCAAGGCUGUCCACUUCAUCAUUUAUCUGACUAUGUACGCCAGCAUCUUUACACUUGCUGCUGUCUCGCUGGACAGGUACUUUGCUAUUCGUUACCCGCUGCGCUCCAGAGAAAUGAGGACGCCCAGAAAUGCCCUGACCUCCAUUUGCCUGGUGUGGGGGCUGUCUCUAAUCUUCUCUGGGCCCUAUCUCAGCUACUACCAACAAAUGGACUUGGACGGAACCAUUGUCUGCAUCCCUGUGUGGGACUUCCAACACCGUAGAGCCAUGGAUGUUUGCACUUUUGUCUUUGGGUACCUGAUUCCAGUCUUGAUCCUUAGCGUAACCUAUGCACGUACUAUUCGUUACCUGUGGACUACGGUGGAUCCCAUUAAGGACAUGUCAGAGUCACGCAAGGCCAAGCGUAAAGUGACCAAGAUGAUUAUUAUUGUGGCCGUGCUUUUCUGCCUGUGCUGGCUGCCCCAUCACCUGGUUAUUCUCAGCAUGUGGUUUGGGUAUUUUCCCCUCAACCACACCACUUAUGUCUUACGAAUCCUCUCUCACUUGGUGGCUUACACCAACUCCUGUCUCAACCCCAUCGUCUAUGCGUUAGUGUCCAAGCACUUCCGCAAGGGCUUCCAGAAGGUGUUCAGCUGUACCCUGCGCAAGCAAGUGGUUAACCGUGUACAUGUAGUCCAGCACGCUCACACGGUCAGCCUGGUGGAGGCCGCUUCCAGUGAGGUGUCCAAUCACAGCGAGGGAGCAGCCAGGGAACGGAUGUGGAGAAAAAACAGCAAGAGAGUGGCCGGCACCUUCAUGACCUUCAAUGUGACUUAA